GCCUGCAUGGGAUCGGACAGGGUUAAGGCCAUCACCUGCAGUCGAAGUGCGACCCAGAUGGGAAGUAGGAAGUGCGGCGCCGAGCUUCCUGUAUAAAUAAACGCUUUGGCUGCUGCGCGCCCCGAGCUGCUGGCUGGUUCUGCAAGGUUCCUGCCUGUCAAGACAAGGAGGCGGAGAGGGACUCCUCCUCUUCCCGAGCUGUAGGUCUGGGCGUGGAGUCCUGUGGCAGUCCUGCAAAAGUCUAAAGCUGUCAGUCGGGCGGAGCACUCGGGGAGAGGGGAGAGAAUGAGAGAGCCCUUCCUCCCCGGUGUGCCAGCUGUCCCGGUUGGCCCAGGCUGGACCUGCUAGAGAGACGCCAGCAGCCUGAGGACCUCAGCUCCAGCCAGGGAUAGAGAAGGCUGAAGACAGGCUGAUGGGCUCAGUUGAUGGGCUCCAGUGUCUGACCAUGACUGCGGAAAACCCACCCCCUGGAGAUCUGAUACCCGCCCCACUCGUCACUUGCAAGCUCUGCCUGUGUGAACAGUCUCUGGACAAGAUGACCAUUCUCCAAGAGUGCCAGUGUAUCUUCUGUACACCUUGCCUGACACAGUAUAUGGUGCUGUCAAUCCGAGAAGGAUGUGGAUCUCCUAUCACUUGUCCAGACAUGGUGUGCCUAAACCACGGGACUCUGCAGGAAACCGAGAUCGCCUGUUUGGUGUCCAUGGAUGACUUUCAGCUUUAUCAGCGGCUAAAGUUUGAACGAGAGGUUCACAUGGACCCUCUACGAACUUGGUGUCCUGUCACAGACUGCCAGACCGUGUGCCAUAUUGCAGCCGGAGACCCAGGACAGCCUGUGUCAGUGGAGUGCCCUUCUUGCCACCUGAAAUUCUGCUCAUGUUGUAAGGAUGCUUGGCAUGGGGACUCCUCCUGUAGAGACAGCAAGUCGGCGAUGCCAGAGCAUGGGGCUCUCUUUGGGACUGAUGCGAAUGCCCCUAUCAAGCAAUGCCCGGUUUGCCGCAUUUACAUUGAGCGCAAUGAAGGCUGCGCCCAGAUGAUGUGCAAGAAUUGCAAGCACACGUUUUGUUGGUACUGCCUGCAGAACCUGGACAAUGACAUAUUCCUCAGGCACUACGACAAAGGGCCAUGCAGGAAUAAGCUCGGCCACUCGAGAGCAUCGGUAAUGUGGAACCGAACACAGGUAGUGGGGAUCCUUGUGGGCUUAGGUGUCAUUGCCUUGGUGACUUCGCCCUUGCUGCUCCUGGCCUCUCCCUGUAUAAUCUGUUGUGUCUGCAAGUCCUGUCGAGGCAAGAAGAAGAAGCACGAUCCAUCCACCACCUAAGGUCACCUGCACAGAAACCCGGUCAUAUGAGACAGCACACUGGUAAGAGCCCCACUUAGCAACCUUCCUCCUUCUCUUUGCCAAACGUUGGAAAGUGCCUCUGUCCAGACUGGAACCUGCCUGAGAGCAUUCAGUGUUGGAAAAGGCCAUGUCCCUGGCGUGAGUGUGCCUGUGUAUGAGAAACAGCCCCACAGUCUAGACUGUGUUUGUGGAACUUUGCUUUCUCCUGGGAGACUCCGAGACAUCACCAUCUUACCCUCCGAAGGGUCCCACCAGCUGCUCAUCUUCCAUCCAAACCAAGGAGCCUGGAUGAGUAUUCAGGGUAGUCAUGCUAUUGCCGUGCUUGGCAACAUUGCAAACUGAGCAAACGUCUGUGUUGCUUCCAUUGCCACGAGACACAUGGCAGAAGCCCCAGAGUAGGAGGGGAAGGAUGGUACUGCAUAAUAAGAAGUUCUAUGAGCAAUGGAGUCGGCUGCUUAUCUCAGGAGUCGACGCAUGGGCUAGCAUGCCUGUGCCGGCUACCGUGUGUGCACUUCUUCAGCGUUCCCACAGUGACUUGGCAGAAACACAAUAGCUCUCUUCCUGUGUGAUCUCAUCUUCAGGCAGGAGAAACUGCUGUUUAAAGGGAGUUGUCUCUUCCCAAGAAAAGGUUGUAACUUGUAAGACAACAUGGCCUCAUUCAGUGUCUGUUGUUUGGCAGAUGUUAUUCUUCUAAGGUAACUGGUUCACCACUCAUAGUCAGACCACAGCUGUGGUCUAUAAAAGUGUUUUACAUGGGCUGAAAGGGGAAAGCUUCAAAGCCUUCGUUGUAGACAGCAGCGUCCUUUCUUGGACUCUUAUUCCCAACAGAUUAGGAGUGGACCAGACAGUGUACAUCAACAGUACACGUUGCAAUUCAUUCACACAUAUAGAAACCAUGUGACUCCUACUGGGCACGUGUGGAGAUGUCCAAUGGAUAACACAAAAUAAGAUUAUUUUAAAAGGCCUUGUCCCUUUCUAUGACUAAAAUGAUUUAUCUAUCAGCAUAAGAGGUACACGUGUGAAUUUUUGUUGUAAGUUCCUAACUUACUCAAGAGGGUAGACUCAAAAACCUUUUAAAACAGCCCCUAGUACAGUUUUAUGCCUCUGUAAAGUGAUAAUCAGGUUAUUUUUACAUACUUUCAGACGCAAUUUAGAGCAGCUCUUUGCUCAACCUAAUUUAGUCUCGUUCUCCCAGGAGCUGUCCAGACAAUCUGAGUCCUUUCUGUGUCCUCAAGAAACAGAUAAGAUGACACCAAGACAUCAGAUGGAAAUAGUCCCCGUGUCUUCAGUCACUGGAUUCGUGUCACCUCAGUGUAACGCAUCCUGCCUGUUGUACAACUAAUCUGCAAAUAGGUUUUGAAAAGACAUAUUUUUCUCUAGCAUUUUACAAUUGCCAUUAGCAAAGCAGCCUGGUGCUUCUUAAGAACUGUGUGUGUUCCAUGUUAACAGAGACCUCUCCUGGAAGCGGGAAGAGUAUUCAGGGCCUAUUCUGUUUCCCCCGGUAACUAGGUGACUAGAUUGUUAAACUGCUGCUAUUCCAGAUCUGUCAUGGAAGACCUUUUAUCAUCAGCCUUGCCUCUGCAGUGGAAUGUAUCCUAAGCGGGGAUGCCUAUGUUCAAGGGAUCACAUGUGCAGUGGAAUGUAUCCUAAGUGGGGAUGCCUAUGUUCAAGGGAUCACAUGUGCAGUGGAAUGUAUCCUAAGUGGGCAUGUAUAUAUUCAGGGAAUCACAUGUGUAUAUUAGCACCUGAUUAUGUACAGAACAUUCCCUGGCCAUGUGCUUUUUUACUCACAGUUUGUAUAAAACAUAGAACUCUAGAAAACUUCUGAAUGGCACCCAGCCCAAAUCCUUUCACUCAUUUAUUAGAAAUUUCUCCGUAUAAAGUGGCUCUGUCAUCCAGUGAAUGUCUUAAGUACAGCAGAAAAACAAAACCCCGCCUCUUUUGAAAGGGUGUUUCGUAUUAGACUGAAUAUAAAUUACAUCUAAGUGGCUGACCUGCAUACAUGGUCACCUGCCUCCCUUGAGGUGAGGGGCAUUUAUCACAGCUCAGGGGAUUACAGGAACUCAACUGAAAUUGGAUCUCUCUGCACAGAUGUCAACAGUGGCAACAAGUAAUCACCCUCAGUAAAUUCUCCAGGCUUGCCUGGUUCUAAGUGGGGCCGAUUUCAUGUGACCUGAAAUGCUGUUAUUUCCAAAGUAAGAGCUGCUGGUGGCGGAUUUGGAGUAAAGGUGGAGGAGAAUGUCUGGCGAUUUCCCCGGCGAAACUGAGGGAAAUUGCCUUUUCAGAGAUUUUUUUAUAAAAGCAUUAGUUUUGAUUUUAUUUUUUGGCUGGGAGGGGGGAUUGUUUGUCAAACUGAUUUUACAUAACUGGAUGUUUUUUUUUAAUGUUGCAAAGUGCCUGAAUAAUGGUGUCUUUUUUCUCAUAUAGUAAAAUGUGUGUGUGAGAGUGUGUGGGAAUCUACCGGAGACUUUGGUAGGUGGAACCCAAGUGUCUGGAUCUCUGGCUUAUCCCAGGGCACAAUGCCAGCCCAACUGACUUUGUUUACAAAGAUACAAGGUGGCAACUGUACCGGGAAAGGCAAGUGUUCUCACUUUGGGUAAUUAGCCUCUGAAGGCUUUACUUCCUCUGCCCCUCAGCUUCUUCCUCUUGCUUCAGGAAGAUUCCUAUAACAAGUGUUUGACUGUGACAAAAUUUUUCUAGUCCAUUUGAAUGAAAUAGAUUCAGAAGCCCACCAGGGUCACAUCUGGGUGUAACAACCCACCUUCUAGAAAUCUCACUGGAUACAAUGGUACAGCCUCCAGAGCCUGCCACCACCUCUGGGGUUCCCCUCCUAGAGUAAGUUAUAGAAGAGAGGAAGAAAGCCAUACGAAGCAAAUGUUGGAUAGAGUCUUAGCUAUCCUGUUUGUUCACACUGUGGGUAUUUGUUCUGGAUUUGAAAUCUGUACUUUGAAAGUGGCCUUUGGAAAGCAAAUAAUUCAGCGUGGAUUUUCUUGUCAUCUGCACCACAAAAUAAUCUUCCCCAUCCAAGUGGAAAAUUCUCAUUGAUUUUUUUUUUUUUUGGAUGUACAAAACUGUUUUUUGGAAUGCCAAAUUUCCUCUUUGAAAUUACUCAAUAACUAAAUGUGUACUGCUUUAGCCUGUGCCCACUGCUCCUGAAGAACUCGUAUCUCUCUGUCCAUGAAUAGAUGCCUCUAUGUAUGUGAACAUUUGGUUGUGAGAACCACAGAAAUGCCAUAGAUGAAUGACAUUUUGUAAAGCUGUCUGAAUUGAUGUCUAUAGGCUAUUACACCUCCUGUUGGUUCAUGAUCCAGGAAGUUUUGUCAUGUAUUUACUUAAAUUACUGUUGUAUUAUAUAUAUAUUUUUCCAAGUCUUUGGGAAGAAAAUUAACUGUUUUAGUCUCUUUAGCCCCAAUAAAUGUGAACAAGAAACCAAA